AUGCCUUCCAAAUCAUAUACACCACUCCCUCGAAAUGAAGAACGAGAAGAAGAUAUCGAAACGCCGAAUGAAAUCACAUCCACAGAGAGUCUUUCUAUAAAUCCCUUUGCAAGAAUUCCAGAAACACUUUCACAAUCACAUUGGUCCACUAUAGUAGCCAUUCUACGAAAAUAUUCAGGGUUUAUUGGUCCCGGAUUAAUGGUAUCAGUUUCAUAUAUGGAUCCCGGUAAUUAUAGUACUGCUGUGGCAGCAGGAUCUGCACAUCGAUACAAAUUAUUAUUUUCCAUCUUAGUAUCAAAUUUCAUGGCUGCAUUUUGGCAAUGUCUUUGUGCAAAAUUAGGUGCCGUCACAGGGUUGGAUUUAGCUCAAAAUUGUAAAAAACAUCUACCACAUGGAUUGAAUAUUACAUUAUAUAUAUUAGCUGAAGUUGCCAUCAUUGCUACUGAUCUCGCGGAAGUGGUAGGGACAGCAAUAUCAUUAAAUAUUUUAUUUGGAGUGCCGUUAGCAUUGGGUGUUGUACUUACCGUUGUGGAUGUUUUGAUUGUCUUGAUGGCUUACAAGCCGAAUGGGGAUAUGAAAUUAAUCAGAUUAUUUGAAGCAUUUGUUUCAUUAUUGGUAGUCUUAACGGUAGGGUGCUUCACUAUUGAAUUAUUUUAUUCCGAUAUUGGAUCGGUAGGGGAAGUCUUUUCAGGAUUUUUACCAAGUAGAGCGGUCUUUGACGGAGAUGGAUUAUAUUUAAGUUUAGCCAUUCUUGGUGCCACUGUGAUGCCACAUUCUUUAUAUUUAGGAUCUGGUGUAGUUCAACCAAGAUUAAGAGAUUAUGAUAUUAAGAACGGUAAUUAUUUACCUGAUGAAACAGAUGUGGAAAAUAAUCAUGAUAACUAUAAACCUUCAUUUGAUGCCAUUAAUGAAACUUUACAUUAUACCAUUGCGGAAUUGUUAAUUUCUUUAUUCACAGUGGCAUUAUUUGUCAAUUGUGCCAUUUUGAUCGUAUCAGGUGCAACAUUAUAUGGCACUACACAAGAUACAGGAGAAGCUGAUUUAUUUUCCAUUUAUAAUUUGUUAUGUUCUACGUUAUCUAAGGGUGCAGGAACGAUAUUUGUCCUAGCUUUAUUAUUUUCCGGUCAAAGUGCAGGUAUAGUAUGUACACUAAGUGGGCAAAUGGUCAGUGAAGGAUUUUUAAAUUGGACAGUUCCACCUGCAAUAAGAAGAUCUAUAACUAGAGCUGUGGCGAUUACACCUUGUCUCAUUUUAGUUCUAGUUGCUGGUAGAAGUGGACUUUCUGGUGCAUUGAAUGCCUCUCAAGUGGUUCUCUCGUUGUUAUUACCAUUCGUUUCAGCUCCCUUGUUAUAUUUUACUUGUAACAAGAGUAUUAUGCGUGUUCAGAUUAAUGAUCAUAACAAUUGCCUACAUGAUAAGACAAACGCGCUUCCCUAUGAUGAUAAUGACUAUGAGUCAGAUGAUUUAAACAUUCCGUUACAAAAUAUGAAUGAAGGUAGCAAUAUUGUUGCUAAUGACAAUAUUAAACAAGAACCAGUAUACAAAGACAUGAGUAAUGGCCUUAUAGUCAAGAUAGCGGCAAUCUUAGUAUGGUUAUUAAUAUCUGGACUAAAUUUCUACAUGUUACUAAGUUUUGCCAACGGUCAAGACGUGCAUCUAUGA